AUGCCGCCAGGAGCACCGCCGCCUAAUCCAACCAGCGGAAACGCGACUGCCGGCGUAGCUGCGGAUACUACGAGCCUUUCAGCAAGCGCUGUAGAGGAUACUGUGCCCCCCGGACCUUCCGCUGAGGGGGAAACCAUACCCGCCACAGGCAGUCAGCCCGCUGUUCAAGCGCACGAUUCAGCAACUCAUUUUUCUUCCGCCGGAGAAGGCACAGGCGGAAUCUCCGCCGCUUCUCCUUCCGCCGGUCCCUCAAUUUCCGGGCCGCCGCCGGUCGGUGCUGGGGGGGAUGAUGAGCUGUCCGCCGCCGAUGUGCAUUACUUCGCGGAAACUCUUCGCCAAUGGCACGGGCAGACGGACACGCCGCGUUGCCCCUCCGCGGGGGCGUUCCGCCGACGCUCCGUCGGGGGGAAACCGCGCGGCAUCCCCCUGCAGAUGUCCGCCCCUGUCGGGGGAAGCGCCGCCAUGCGCGGAGCAGCGGCGAAGGAGAAGAAGCAGAAGAAAGAAGAAGAGGAGGAGCAGCCGCUGCUGGCGCAAGGCGGCGCGGGGGCAGCGCCGCGGGGCAGGGCGGCUGGCGCGGACGCAGGCGCAAUGGCGGCAGACGGCGCGGAAGGCGCGGGGGAGUUCGACUACGGGAAGCUGCGCGGAGUGCUGACGGGGCUGGCGAAAGAUGUGUUGGUAGAGCUCUGGAUAGAGCAGCACGUGCGGCUGGUGGAAGUGGGGGAACGAGAAGCCGCCGCGGAGGCUUACCGGGGCAUCAUGGAGCGCGCGCAGCAGCUGCAGCGCGUGUCGUUCCGCGUGCCGUCCAAGAGGGAGGGGUUGACCGGCAUUGACCUGCUGCUGCGCGACGGUCUUCUGGCGUUUCUGGUCAAACUCAGUCAAUACCUUCCGCCCAUGCCCGAACAGGUGGUGAAGCUACACGAUGUGACCUACACGGCCAAGAUCCAGCGCAAGCAGGAGGGGUACGAGACGGUGGGGUCGAAGCUUCUCGGCUGCUUCCUGCCGUGCGCCUCACCGCCGGCCCCCUGGGAGGACUUCAACGUGCUCUCAGACCUCUCUGCUUACUUCAUGCCCGGCUCGCUCACCCUCAUCUGCGGCCCGCCUGGAUGCGACCUCUCCGCCUACUUCAUGCCCGGCUCGCUCACCCUCAUCUGCGGCCCCCCUGGAUGCGGUGAGACCGUGUUGCUUCUGAGUCCCCACUUCCCCCUCCAAGAAACCUCCCUCUGGGAGGAUUUCGACGUGCUCUCAAACCUCUCUGCUUUCUUCAUGCCUGGCUCUCUUACCCUCAUCUGCGACCCACCUGGAUGCGGCAAAUCCGCCUUCCACAAGACCAUCGCAGGGCGCCUCCCAGAGACCAAGUCCCUGCGCCUGUCUGGGGAAGUAACAUACAAUGGGCGGCCGUGGCGGGAGGUGCAGGUGCGGAGGAUGACGGCGUUGGUGGGGCAGACGGACGAGCACAUCCCCACGCUCACAGUCAUGGAGACGUGCAAGUUCGCUCAGGAGUGCAACCGCCUCAUCACUCCCAAGGAUUACGAGCCGCUACAGGGGCUUAUCGACAUGGUGAGAGCGGUUCUAAGGGGUGGUGAGGGGUGUUGUGGGCUGGGUGGCAUGGACCUGAAUUUCGAGUUCACACUGCACAUACGCACAGAGCUGGGCGGCAUGGACUUGAAACUGGAGUUCACGCUGCACCUGCUGGGGCUCAAGGGAGCGGCCAACACCAUCGUGGGCAGCCGCACUGUGAGGGGCGUGAGCGGGGGGGAGCGGCACCGCGUCACCACUGCUGAAAUGAUGUCGGGCAUGUUUGUGGUGAUGGCGUUUGACGAGAUCAGCACGGGGCUGGACAGCAGUGCGACCUGCCUCUAUACCGCUCCCCUCCUCCCCCCCCCCACACACUCCCUACGAGCAGGCAUGUUCGUGGUGAUGGCGUUUGACGAGAUCAGCACGGGGCUGGACAGCAGCAUGUUUGUGGUGAUGGCAUUUGAUGAGAUCAGCACGGGGCUGGACAGCAGUGCGACGUACGACAUAGUGUCGGCCAUUCGCACCAUUGCCCGCGUGCGCCGCACCACCAACGCCUUCUCGCUGCUGCAGCCGCCGCCCGAAGUGUUCAAUUUAUUCGACAGGGUGAUAGUGCUGAGCGAGGGCAGUAUCAUCUACCAGGGCCCACGGGCUGAUGUGCUGGCUUACUUUGAAGGGCUGGGAUACCGCAAGCCUCCCCAUGUGGACGUGGCGGAUUUCAUUCAGGAGAUUCCAACAGAGUCAGGUGUGGAGUUUGUGGCACCUGGCGCCGCCCACCUGAGCACGGCGCAGCUGGUGGAGGCAUACCAGAACUCGGCGCACUACAGGGAUGUGAUGCGCGUGGUGCAGGGGGAGAAGGUGUGCAAGUCUGUGUGGGUGGAGGUGCAGCCGCCUAUCGACCUGACCUUCUCCGUGUCAGGGGACUCAGUGCCUCCUCCCUCAUCCACAUCCCCAUCCGCAGUCGUGGUGGCCAGUGUGGCACCGCACUCCCAUCUCGCGCGCCCAGACAUCACCUGCACUGACACCGUGCACCCAGGGGACUCCGUCACAGGCCUGGCUCUCCCGGGAGGGAUCAUGCAGUAUGCCAAAGCAGGGGACGGCAGGGGAGGAGGCGGAAGGGAGGGUGGGGAGCAGGAGGGGGUUGUGAGUGCGGAGGAGCUUCAGAAGAAGCUGUUGGUUGCGGCCAAGGGGGGGGAAGGAGGCGGGAAGGAAGGGGAAGGCGAGGGGGAGGGAGGUGGUGCUGUGCGGCUGCAGCUGGAACGGCCGUUGGUGCAGUUUGAGCAGGAAUGUACGCCAUUCCGUGGUGGCCCAACACUGUCCACUCCACCUUUCCCUCCUUCCCCAUCACCCUCUCUCACAAUCCCUUCUUCCCCUGACUCCUCAUCUCUCACAUCGUCCCCCCACCUACAGGAGGAGGAGCCGUCGCACGCCAAGUUUGAGCAGGAGUACGCCAUCCCCUGGUGGCCCAGCACGAAGCUGGUGGUAGGGCGGCAGUUCAAGGUCGCCAUCCGCAACACCUCCUUCCUCAUCGCGCGCGGCAUGCAGGUGCUCAUCCUGGGCAUAUUCACGGGAACAGUCUUCUUCCAGAUCCCCAACACCGUCUCCACGGCCACCAUGCAGCUGCGCCUCUCCAUCGCCUUUGCCGCCACCAUGGCCCUCGCACUGGGCGGCUUUGCGCUCAUCCCGAACAUCAUAGACGAGCGGCAGGUGGUGGAGAAGCAGCUGGGGGCGCGGUUUUAUCGCUCCACGUCCUAUGUCAUUGCCAGUACCAUCUGCAACUUCCCCUUCUCGCUCGCUGAGGUGCUGAUAUACGGCCCGCUCGUGUACUGGUUGACGGGCAUGAGUGCGGCACAAGGAGCGUCGCACUUCUUCCUCUUCAUGCUGCUGCUGCUCGCAGUGGACGUCAUGGGCGCCACGCUCAUCCGCCUCAUCGCCUCCGUCAGCUCUUCACGCGAGAUGGCGUCUAGCCUUGCAGGGUUGAUGGUCAUUACAUUCCUGCUCUUCACGGGCUUUCUACUCACGAAGCCCAACAUCCCGCCGUGGUGGAUCUGGAUGUAUUACAUCAACCCGCUGCAGUACGGCGUCACGGCCAUCUGCAUCAACGAAUUCCUCUCCGGCUCCUACAACGAGCUCUGCAGCACAGUCAACACCACCACCGCAUCGUUCUGUAUCAACAAGCCUGCAGGCACAACAGCCGGAGAAGCCUUCCUUCAGUUCUUCGGCAUGCCUUCUUCCUUUGGAGCUGUCUGGAUCUCCUUCGCAGCCCUCAUAGCCUUCACUGCGCUCUUCAUCUCCCUCACCUUCCUUGCUGCUUCCCGCGUGCGCUUCAACGAGAAUAAGACGCCGCCCGCCAGCCGCCUGCCGCCCCUGCCGCCCCAGCGGAACGUGUUCCAGAAGGCCGUGCGGGCGGUAAAGAAGCAGAUGUCUGCAGAGGGAGAGGCGGGCAAGGGGGGGGAGGAGGAGGGGAGGGGGGAGGGAGAGGCGGAAGAAGCACAGGCAAUGAUAAAGAGGGAUGGUGCUGGUGCUGCAGGUGCUGCUGCUGGUGGUGCUGGUGCUGCUGAAGGCAGUCUUAUUGAGGAUGGUGCAGAGGAUGGAGGGAGCAAGGCCGCCCCUCAGUCCCGAGUGCAGUUCACCCCCACCACUCUUUCCUUCCAUGACCUGCUCUAUGAGGUGGACGUGCCGGGCAUGAGCGAGCCCAAGGUGCUGCUCAACAGUAUCUCGGGCUUCGUUCGCCCCGGCACCAUGACUGCUCUCAUGGGCUCCUCAGGUGCGGGCAAGACGACCCUGUUGGACGUGCUGGCAGGGCGCAAGACCAUAGGGCGCAUCAGAGGCGACAUUCUCGUCAACUCCUUCCCCAAAGUGCAGGACACGUUCGCCCGCAUCUCCGGCUACGUGGAGCAGAGUGAUAUCCACACACCCUUCAUCACCAUCCGCGAGUCGCUACAGUUCAGUGCCGCGCUGCGCCUCCCCUCCACCACCUCGCGCGCUGAAAGGGCACUCGUGGUUCAGGAGGCCAUGGACCUGCUGGAGCUGCAUGACAUAGCGGACACGCUGGUAGGAUUUAUUGGAGUCAACGGGCUGUCCGUGGAGCAGGCGAAGCGGCUGACGAUAGGUGUGGAGCUGGUGGCGAACCCCAGCGUGCUGUUCCUGGAUGAACCCACCAGCGGGCUCGACAGUCGCGCUGCUGACAUUGUCGUGCGGGGAAUCAGAAAUAUUGCUGCCACUGGCAGGAGCACGAUCUGCACGAUCCACCAGCCGAGCCGGCGGCUGUUCUUUGCGUUUGACUGGCUCUACCUCAUGAAGCGCGGGGGCGAGGUGGUUUACUUCGGCCCCAUCGGUCACAACGGCUGCGACCUCCUGAGCUACUUCGAGUCUCUGCCAGGCCUGCCCAAGUGCCGGGAUGACCAGAACCCUGCCACUUAUAUGUUGGAGAUGAUAGGGGCGGGCAUCGGUCAUGCGGCCAUGCGGGACUUUGCUCUUGACUACGCUGAGAGUAUUCUUGCUGCUGACAACCGAGCAACUAGAUGCGAUCCGGUUUGGCAGGGGCGAGUACGGCCCGAAGCCCACAAUUUGCCCGCCUUGUUCCUCCCAUCCCCGCGUCCCCUCGUCUCCGUAACUCCCCUCCACCCCGGCUCCCACCAAACAGAGGAGCAGCUAGAUGCGAUCCGGUUUGGCAGGGGCGAGUACGGCCCAGAGCCCACAGUGAAGGGGUAUGCAGCCACGUUUGGCACCAUGACUCGCGUGGUCUUCCUGCGCCAGUUCCGCACGUACUGGCGCAACGUCUCCUACAGCUUUGGACGUAUUAUGUUCUCCAUCAUCCUGGGACUCAUUCUCGGGAGCGCCUUCUGGCAGGUGGGUGGGGAAAGGUCGUGGGGAAGUGCCUUCUGGCAAGUGGGUGGGGGAAGGUGGGGGGAGAAAGGAGGAUGGGAUAUUGGAGUGGGGGCGGCAAUGUGCGAUCAACUACACCACCACGCCCGGCUUUGCAUGUCGACUUUUGAGACGUCUCGAAAGUCGUCUACUUCCCCCGGCAGAUCAACUACACCACCACGCCCGGCUUUGCAUCUCGCCAGAAUCUCAUCUAUGUGGCUCUCGUGUUUUAACUUUUCCCCCUCUCUUCCCGCCCUCCCCACGUCCCCCACUCUCGCCUAUCAUCCCCGGCAGAUCAACUACACCACGACGCCCGGCUUCGCUUCCCGCCAGGGUCUUAUCUAUGUGGCUCUCGUGUUCGUGGCUGUGAUUAACGCCAACAACGUCAUUCCACAGGUGAACGCGGAGCGGCCAGUGUAUUACAGGGAGAAGGCAUCCAACAUGUAUUCUCCAAAUGUGGAAGAGGAAUCGCCACUCUUUCAACGCACUCCCCUCCCUCCACGCUCCCCCCCCUCCCAUUGUCCCCCUUCCUCGCAGGUGAACGCGGAGCGGCCUGUGUAUUACAGGGAGAAGGCAUCCAACAUGUAUUCUGCGUUCCUCUACAACGUGUCGUGGGGGCUCAUUGAGAUGCCCUACCUGGCGCUCACCACGCUCAUCUUCUGCAGCAUCUGCUUCGGCAUGGCGGGCGUGGCAACGGGCAGUGCAGAGGACUUUUUCCUCUACUGGCUCAACUUCUUCCUCUACUCCGCCUGCAUCACCUACUACGGCAUCUUCAUGGCCAUGCUCACUCCCAACGCUGAGGGGUGUGCGCACGUGAUGGGGGCAGCUGCUCUUAUGUGCGAAUGA